CUCCUCGCCCGGCCGCGUGCUGCCGCACCUCGCAGCGCGCAUCGGACGGGCUCGCCGUAUUCGACAUCGGCCGGAGGGCAGAGCAUACCCCCCUCGCGCGGCCUCACGGCUGCUGCACACCCAGAGGACGCUGGGCAGCGCGCCGUCGCACACCCACGACGCGUGUGCAAUAUCAGCUCCCCUACAUCGAUGCCACUGUGCGUUAAGGAAUGCCACAGCUGCAGCGCGCGAUUGUCUGUGAGAGGCCGGGCGAUGAGUGUGCGGCGUGGGUGGCCGAGCGAUGGGAGUGCGGCGUGGGUGGACCCCGCGUGCGGCUGCUCGCCGUGCUCAUGCGUGCCGCCACGCCAGCAGCAGCAGCCCUCGCCGCCUCGUCGCUGCAGCCUCGUCACGGCAUGACGGCUGCUGCGAGGUGCUCGCUGCCCAGAGCAGCACGCCAGUCAGUCGCAUCAUGCCGCGCAGCACUCGCUACUCACACGCCCGCUCGGGCCGCCAGACAGACGAAGCCGCCGCGGCGCACAGGCCGCCUCGCAGUAGCCGCGCGUCGCGCGCCCAUCGCCGCGAAUGCUCGCUGCUGCGCUGCCGCACAGCAUCCAGAUGUACUCGGACGUGCGCUGCGCAGCAUGGCAGCACUGACAUCACGCUCAGGCGUCAUCGCCGAGCAACAGCGUGGCGCUGCCGGCGCAUCGCCCGCUCGUUGCCUCUCGCGCUGCUCGGGCGAGCCGCGCGGCUGCGUCGACGCACAAAAGGAGCAGCCUCGCCGGCCAGCUCGCCGUCUCGCUGUCAUUCUCUCACACCUCCUCUCACCUAUGAGGAUGUUCGGACGGUCGAGCAACAACAGCAAUGGCAACCGCGGCGGCACGCAGCACGCCAGCGGCGGCACGCAGAUGGGCCGCGGACCCUCUGGCGGCGGCGGCGGCGCAGCGCAGUCGGGACGCUCCGGCGGCACCAGCGGCGGCGGCACCACCACCUCGUCGGGCGCCCAGCACAGCCGCAACGCCAGCGGCGGCGGCGGCACGACGGGCUCGCAGGGCCGCAGCGGCGGCACGGCGUCGCGCCACACGGCGCAGCAGUCGUCGGGCGGCCGCAGCACCGGACAGAGCCAGGCGCGCAGCGCCAGCGGCCACCAGCACACGUCGUCCGGCGGCGGCUCGCGCGGCACGGCUCGCGGCACGUCCGAGGGCGGCCGCAGCACGGGCGCCAAGAGCGCGCCCGGCGGCAACGCCAGCAAGUCGUCGGGCACGGCGCAGUCGAGCAGCCGCACGCGCGGCGGCGCCGAGAUCGACCUCACCGCCGAGGACGCCAAGCUCAGCAAGCCCUUCCGCGCCAACGAGCCGCUCGCCGUCGGCAGUGGAUCGGGCUACAGCAAGGGCGACAGCGCCGCCCGCAGCAACAACAACGGCCACUCGGGCCAGCCUUACGUGAAGAAGAGCGUCAAGGCGUCGAAGAGCAACCCGGACAAUCGCUCGGCUGCGAACGCGACCAGCGGCGGCAACAACGCCUCGUCGAUGCCGUCGGGCAACAACUCUAGCCAGACGACCAGUGGCAACAGCAGCGGUGGCGGCCAGACCAACAGCGGCGGCGGCGGCGGCGGCGCAUAUGGCAGCAGCGGCAACCAAGGCAGCGGCAGCAACAACGCAGGAUCGUAUGGCUCGCAGGGCCACUCGGGCGGCGCGUCGCAGAACACGGGCAACCAGAGCUCGUCGGGCUUCGGCUCGUCAGGCAGUAGCGGCAACGGCGGCUACGGCGGCAGCACGAACCAGAGCUCAAACAGCGGCGGCCAGCAAUCGAGCAGCGGCCAUCAGUCGAGCGGCCAGCAGUCGAACAGCGGCGGUCAGCAGUCCGGCAGCUCCUUUGGCGGCUCGGGCGGCGGCGCUCGCACGCAGGGCACGUCGAACAGCGGCCUGAACAGCCAGAGCACGUCCGGCGGCGGCUAUCAGGCAUCGUCGACGUCGACGAGCAACAACACCGGUGGCAACACGAGCGGCGUCGGCAGCUCGGGCAGCGGCAUGUCGAGCAGCAACAACGGCCAGUCGACGGGCUACGGCGGCAGCGGGUCGGGCGGCAACCAGAGCAGCGGGACCGGCGGCAACAACAACAGUAGCAGCAACACGAGCGGCGGCGGCACGUUCAGUCGCUGA